GGGAGGUAUGUGGGUAUGUUUGUUUAAUCUUUUAUCUUGAGAUCUGGCCUGAAGCAAGUACCGCCUAUGUAUUUGCAAGGUAUCUAGUCUUCCACAUUGGCUCCUUCAAGGGCCUGGCCCUGUCUGACUGCCUAUACUAUUUUUAUCUAACUCAGCUGCCUGCCACAAAAUUACUUAUCAACCACAUCUGAAGCUCUACUUCCAGAGUAUUCUAACUAGAACAUACACUGACUAGGUUUCACCUUUAAAUCUUCUUUGAGCAAAUGCGUGAAUAUCAAAUACCCCCUAUACACGCACAUAAAUAACACAUAUCCCCAAAAUAACAAUAAUAUAUACAAACAUAAUGGAAUUAAAUUCAAAUAACAACAAAAAAUUCUCCACAAGUCCAAAGUCAUCACAGAACAAGCUCACCUAAAACAUAAUCCAAUUUUCACUGUCCAAUAGUGUUUUAUUUUCAGCAUAAAACACAUACUGUAUUCAGACAAACUCAAGGUUUCCCUACGAACUAAAGGUGGGGAUUUUCUUUAUAUGUGAAGAACUCAAAGGUCCUAGAAAUGGUUUUCCCAGUCUGCCUUCAUGUGAAUGUCCAGCCUUCAUCCCUUGAGUAUUUUCCAGCUUCUUGACAAAAGUUUCAGAAAAUUUUGUGUGUCAAAUGCCAAUCAGCUCACUCUCAAUGCAAGUUAUAAUUUACAGAGUUCAGUUUAAACUCCAAAAUUACUUUUGUAGUGGGAAGAAGUGCUCCAUGAUUCUCAGCAUUCACACUGCGAAGCGGGGAGAAAAAGGAACUAAGAGUACAGCCAGCUCUCAUGAAAAUAUUGGAAAGUUGCCUAUAUUUCCUUAGCCAGAUUGUAAUCACAAAGCCAAGUGCAAGGAAUAACGAGUAAUGGAGCCUUGGUUCAGGGUCCUUCUGUACCUGGAGAACAAUUAGGGGCUCUACUAGGAGGUAAGAAGGUGUCAGGCAGUUGUCAAUGGCAACCACAGCAGGUCUCUCCAACUCCAGCCGGAAUCUGAAACUCAACAUAGUAAUGUCAGCCCUGCCCAGGAACCCUCUUUCUCACUUUUCAGUCAGUGCUCAGAGAGAUAGUCAGCUAAAAGUUUCCCUGCUCCGGGAUUGCAGUACUCUGGGCUAGCGAUUACUGGUUGGGGAAAUCCUUCGCUUCCUGUUCUGGUCCAAAUAAGGUAUGUCCGGAACUAGAGCGCCGAGUCUGGGAAUGACCCGGAAGUAUUUCCCUGCGGUCGCACGUAGGAAAAAUGGCGGCGGUAGAAGUUGCCGGGUCGCUGCCUUGUAGCCAGCCUACAGAGUCGCUGCGGGAACCGCCCCCUGAGUCCGCCAGUGGGUUCUACCGCUUGUCCGCCAGGCUCCGGGCCCUGCGCCCGGAUGACAGCAGCUCCGCCCGCACUGAGAUCCACCUGCUCUUCGAUCAGCUCAUCUCCGAGAACUACCGCGAGGGCGACGGCGUGGUCCCUGAGGAUGUCAGUUCUCUUCUUGUCCAAGCUUGCCGACUGGUACCUCCUAAUCAGAAUCAUCUUGUGAGCAAAGUGUCUAAGCUGAUCCACCAUUUACUUAACAGACUACAGGUGAUUGUUGAUGAACAGAACUUGGAUUUCUUGUUGGCAUACACUAUUUCAGCUGUUCGGCAGUGUAGUUCGUGGACACACAUGGAAAUUCUUCAAGCCUUAGCAGCUCUGGUUUACUACAAUGGCUCAAAAUGUCAAAAGUAUCUCCCAGACUUGCUGGGUAAGACUGGCCUCUUGCUGAAGAUGAGUGACUUGGCUCAAUCUGACCCUGAAGUCAGGAGAGCUGCAGUGCAUUGUAUGGCAAACUUAUGUCUCAGUGUGCCAGGACAGCCAUACUUGGAGGAGCCCUACCAAAAUAUUUGCUUCAAAGCUUUCUUGACCAUUUUACAGUCUUCAAAAUCGUCUGAUAUGGACGAUAUAGUAUUUUGUAUGUUGUUACAGAAUGCAUUAAAGGGCAUACAAUCACUUUUAAAUGGUGGGAAGAUGAAACUGACACAGCCUGAUGAACUUGGAGCUCUUCUAGCUGUGCUAAAGAAAACCAUGUUUCAUGGACUCCCUGGACUAGAUAUAGAGAUGCCCGCGGUGCUUUACCCAACUCCGCUUCCUCAGUAUGAUGGGCGACCACCUGUCAAACCACCACAGUCAGAAUCCAGUGCUUCUCGCCCAGCUGCGAAUAAAAAGAAAAAAUCCAGGGUAAAGCCAAAGAAAAUCCAGCAAGGAGAGGAGGAGGAAGAAGAAUUCGAUGGUGAAGCAGAAGCAGCUGCAGGCACAGGCAGCGUGAACAUGAACAUGUGUGAAGGAAACACCCGGUGUCUCUCCUCCAUGGGUGUCCAGAGUUUACCUAGAAAUGAGAGUGGAACUUCUGGAAAAGCCCAAGUCUCUUCUCCCUUCAGGUCUUCCAGUUGGAAAAGAGUUAGCAGUAGUGAAUCGGACUAUUCUGAUGCAGAAGGAAGCAUGCAGGGUAAAGUGAGGUCAUACCAAGCCAAAGUUCGCCAAGGAGCAUUAGCAUGUUUUCUUUCUACAAUAAAGUCAAUAGAAAAGAAAGUUCUUUAUGGCUACUGGUCAGCCUUUGUUCCUGACACACCAGAGCUUGGAAGCCCGCAGUCUCUGUCCUUAAUUACACUUACCUUAAAAGAUCCUUCUCCAAAGACACGAGCCUGUGCUCUGCAAGUUUUAUCUGCCAUAUUAGAAGGUUCAAAGCAAUUUCUUUCCGUUGCUGAAGACACCAGUGACCACAAAAGGGCUUUUAUCCCCUUCUCCGUAAUGAUCGCUUCCAGCAUUAGAGAGUUGCACAGAUGUCUUCUGUUAGCAUUGGUGGCAGAGUCAUCCUCACAGACCCUUACCCAGAUAAUUAAGUGCCUUGCAAAUUUAGUAUCAAAUGCGCCUUAUAACCGUCUGAAGCUCAGCCUGCUGACCAGAGUCUGGAAUCAGAUAAAGCCUUAUAUCCGCCACAAAGACGUUAAUGUUCGUGUGUCAAGUCUCACACUCUUGGGAGCUAUCGUGUCCACUCAUGCACCUUUACCUGAAGUCCAGCUUCUUCUCCAACAGCCCUGUUCUUCUGGGCUCAGCAAUAGCAGUUCAGCAACUCCUCACAUUAGCACUCCUGACUGGUGGAAGAAAGCCCCAGCGGGACCCUCUCUGGAAGAAGGAGCACUAAGCUCGCCCAAGGGGACCUCAGAGCCCUGCUGGCUCAUCCAACUUUGUAUUUCCAUUCUCGUGCUGCCCAAGGAGGAUUCCUGCUCAGGCAGCGACACUGGCUCUGUGGCAGGCAGCACCUACGAGCCCUCCCCCAUGCGACUGGAGGCCUUGCAGGUAUUGGCUCACCUGGCCAGGGGCUAUUUUUCAAUGGCUCAGGUCUACUUGAUGGAGCUUGGUGAGGUGAUUUGCAAGUGCAUGGGCGAAGCAGAUCCAUCCAUUCAGCUUCACGGAGCAAAGCUUCUGGAAGAACUAGGUAUAGGCUUAAUACAGCAGUAUAAGCCAGAUUCUGCCAUUCCGCCUGAGCAGAGAGUACCAGUCUUCUUGGUGGUGAUGUUCUGGACUAUGAUGCUGAAUGGUCCUCUGCCUCGAGCCCUGCAGAAUUCAGAGCACCCGACGCUGCAGGCCAGCGCCUGUGAUGCCCUGUCCGCCAUCUUGCCGGAAGCCUUCAGCAGCCUUCCGAAUGACCGGCAGAUUCUGUGCAUCACAAUGCUCCUUGGGCUGAACGACAGCAAGAACCGUUUAGUGAAAGCUUCGACCUCACGGGCGCUUGGAGUCUACGUGCUUUUUCCUUGUCUCAGACAGGACAUCAUAUUUGUUGCAGACACAGCAAAUGCAGUAUUGAUGUCACUUCAAGACAAGUCUCUGAAUGUCCGUGCCAAAGCAGCUUGGUCCCUGGGCAACCUGACAGACACUCUGAUUGUCAACAUGGAAACACCAGACCCAAGUUUCCAGGAAGAGUUUUCUGGUCUCCUGCUCUUAAACAUGCUGCGAUCGGCAAUAGAAGCCUCCAAGGACAAAGACAAGGUAAAAAGCAAUGCAGUCCGGGCCCUUGGAAAUUUGCUUCAUUUUCUGCAACCGUCUCAUAUAGAAAAACCUAGAUUUGCUGAAAUAAUUGAAGAGUCUAUCCAGGCCCUAAUUUCUACUGUUCUAAUCGAGGCUGCAAUGAAAGUUCGAUGGAAUGCAUGCUAUGCAAUGGGAAAUGUGUUUAAAAAUCCUGCCCUUCCACUCGGCACAGCGCCGUGGACCUCCCAGGCCUACAACGCCCUAACACUGGUUGUGACAUCAUGCAAAAACUUCAAAGUGCGCAUCAGAUCGGCCACGGCCCUUUCCGUCCCAGGCAAGAGAGAGCAGUACGGAUCCGUAGAGCAGUAUGCUCAGAUCUGGAACUCGCUGGUCAUCGCCUUACAGAAGAGCGAAGACACCACAGACUUUCUGGAAUUCAAAUACUGCGCCAGCCUCCGGACCCAGAUCUGCCAGGCAUUGAUUCACCUUUUGAGCUUGGCCAGUGCCUCAGAUUUGCCCUGCAUCAAAGAAACCCUUGAACUGAACGGGGAUAUGAUCCGGUCCUAUAUCCUACAAUACUUAAAAUCAGGAGAAGAGGGAGAGGACUCUGGAGCUGGCCACAGCCCGCAGGAGAGAGACCAGAUGGUUAAAGUGGCCCUGGAGCACAUACACAGUGUUCAGGAACUGGCUGGGGACACAGCCAAAAAGGCCAUCGUGGGCUUUUUAGAAGAUACCCUGGCCAUUUAUUUUGAUUCUUCUGAUCACAAGUAGCACUCCUAGGAUCCUCAAACCAGUGACUAUUCCUGUAUACUUUUCAGAUGUCAAAUAUGACAGUAGGAAGACCCAAGCACGAGCGUAGGGUAUGUGAGGGUUAAUCUUGGAAACAGGAGCAGUCUGCCCGUUAUUUAUUUAGAAUGGGUUAGCAGCUCUUUCAGCUCUGUUCAAAGGGCUCAGCCCCUGUGGAGAACGGCUUUCCUGCCAUGGCCACGGGCAGAGGUGGUAGAACCUCUGCCGUGGGCAGCCUGGAGCCCGAGAAUCAGGAUGCGGGGUGGGAUCCGCAGACUGGGAGGUUCUGCGGAAUGCUUAGUGUUGGAAAAUAAAUAAAUGAAUAAAAAAGUAAAAGACUA